GCGAGACCUCGCCGUGUUCUCGCAGCGGAAGGUCAGCUGACCUCCAUCCUGUCACCAGUAGCUUACAGUCCCUGUGUCGUGUGUGUUAGCCUGGUGUGUUAGCCCGGCACGGAACCUAACGUCUCGACACUGUAACCCCGAAACACCCCCCACACUCCCAAAGAUGGCUGACACUAACCAACAGAGUCCUCCUCCUCCUCCCCCUCCUCAGUUAGGGCCUGUGCAAUUUUUAAUGAGCAACAAGCUUGAAACUGCAAUGUGGCUGUCUCGACUCUUCACCGUCUACUGCUCCGUAAUGUUUAUUCUACCGUUAUUGGGACCCUAUGCAGCAGCAAACUUCUACCAGAGAGCCUUGUUAGCGAACGCCCUCACCAGUGCUCUUCGCCUGCAUCAAAGACUUCCACGCUUCCAGCUGAGCAGAGCGUUCCUGGCACAGGCUCUUCAAGAGGACAGCUGCCACUACCUUCUCUACUCACUCAUCCUGGUCAACUCAUCUCCCAUCACCAUGAGCAUUUUCCCAGUCUUCCUCUUCUCCUUGCUUCAUGCAACUACCUACACAAAGAAAGUGCUGGAUUCCGUGGGCCCCAACAGCUUGAUGUUCGUCAGAAACCUCCUGGACAAACUAACAGCCAAUCAGCAGAAUAUUCUCAAGUUCAUCGCCUGCAAUGAGAUCUUCUUGAUGCCGGCCACUGGGUUCAUGCUUUUCAGUGGCCAGGGAAGCUUGCUCCUACCUUUCAUUUACUACAGAUUUCUCACUCUCCGCUACACAUCCAGAAGAAACCCAUACUGCCGCACCUUGUUCACUGAGCUGCGGAUUCUUCUGGAGCAUGUCAUCAUGAAGCCUGCCUGUCCCGCCUUCUUCAGGAGGAUGUGCCUCAGCAGUAUCGCCUUCAUCAGCCGCCUCGCCCCCGCAGCCGUCUGAUCGCGCCACGUCAAAGUCCUGUUUUCUUCAUAUUUGUUUUAUUUUUUUCACCAUUUAGGAUGUGACUUAAACUUUGAUGGGGACAGACAAUGCCAUCAGCAGAAGGAAUGGUUUUCUGAAUGUCAGGUUUACAGUCUGUGCUCCAACCUCUCUGUAUAUCUGAGUACAGUUGAAGAGCAACCAGUAAUGCACUGAAGUCUCACGGUGAUAUUUCUUUUCCCAUCCUCCUAAUGUGACCUCAUUCAAGCAGUGGACACCCAUCACCUUGUUGCGUUCACUGAGCGAAGCACAGGAAACAUCAGCUGUGUUCUUUAUUUAUCAGCUGUUAUUGUUCUUUCCAAUUAUGUCCUUAUUUAUUCAUGACAAUUGCUUAUCUUGUGAUGAAGCGUUAACAUUCAGAGAUUAGUAAGUUAAUUAAUAAUGAUUCUUACACAGUUAUAAUAGGAUGGAAGGUGGGUGAUGUUUGUUGUCUAGUUUCUAGUUUCUUUUUAUGUGCAAAUCAUCUAAUGUUGUCUUAAUGCCUGAAUUAUGUUUUCUAUCAAUGCCAUCAACUUAUAUUUUAACAACAUGCAGGAUCUUUGUAGGUAUGAUGUCCAAAUGAGGAAAGCGAUAUCUGCUGUAUUUUAUAGACAAUUUUAAGGUACCAGAUACUUUUCUUCGUGAAAUGAAUUGCACAAUGCAUGUCGUGUGAAUGGCUGCAUUCUCUCCUUGUCUCUCGGUUUAAAAUGUGUUUUCAUUUAUUUGUCGCUAUUGUAGAUUUCUUGCUAAUUGUGUUCAAGGUUUUUUUCCUGCCAUGUACAAUGUUUAUUUGCCUACAGACAAACCACAUUUUUAUUAUAACAAGAAUGAAUUGAUCUCUUACUAAACCAAUAAAAUAUGAAAGUAU